AUGCUAAAUCUAGAUGACACGAUUGAAAACAUCAAACAAUGUAAACACAUACCUGAAGAAGAUGUUGAAGAGUUAUGUACCAAAGUGAUAGAAUUGUUGAUUGAAGAGGCAAACAUUCAGCACGUAGAUACACCAGUCACUAUAUGUGGUGAUAUACACGGACAACUACAUGAUUUAAUUACACUUUUUAAAACAGGGGGAGAACUACCAGACACGCGGUAUUUAUUUCUUGGAGAUUUUGUUGAUCGAGGGUUUUAUUCGUUUGAAAGUUUUUUAUUAUUGAUAAGUUUAAAAUUACGAUAUCCUGAUCGAAUAACAUUGAUUAGAGGGAAUCAUGAAAGUCGGCAAAUAACCACGGUUUAUGGGUUUUAUGAUGAAUGUUUGCGCAAAUAUGGAUCAAUAAAUGUGUGGCGAUAUUGUUGUGAAGUGUUUGAUUACUUAUCAUUAGGGGCAAUUGUUGGUGGAUCACAAGGGGUAUUUUGUAUUCAUGGAGGGUUGAGUCCAGAAAUCGAUACAGUUGAUCAGAUACGGGUAUUGGAUCGAAAGAAAGAAGUGCCACAUGAAGGUGGAAUGUGCGAUUUGUUGUGGUCAGAUCCUGAGUUAGUCAAUGGGUGGUCAAUUAGUCCGCGAGGUGCUGGCUAUUUGUUUGGUGAAAACGAAGUUAAUAAAUUUUUGCACGAUAACAAUAUUUCAUUGAUUGCAAGAGCUCAUCAGUUGGUUAUGGAGGGAUAUAAGGAAAUGUUCAAUCAAGGAUUAGUGACUGUAUGGUCAGCUCCUAAUUAUUGUUAUCGUUGUGGUAAUGUUGCCAGUGUUUUAACAAUUGGGGAUGAUUUAUCAAGAGAGUAUAAAGUAUUUGAAGCGUCGCCACAUGAUAUUGGAUCAAUUCCUUCCAGGAAACCCCCAGUUGAAUAUUUUAUAUAG